AUGGCAUCGAGACCCGGAGAACCCUCCGCAAGCCCUGCCAAUUCCGCAUCACAGCCGUUAGAGAACACGCUCAACCAAGAGAUCGCUCCUGCAGAUCAGAAUGACGUCGAUGGCAACAUCCAAAUGAACGACGAGCCCCGACAUGCCCCAGCAUCCCGCAUCAAUAUUGAGAAAUACCUGAUUGCCCCACAGGCCAACAGACGCCGAAGAGAUGGCGGAUCUGGAAACAACCCACCUGCUGUUAGCAACCCAGCCAGAACUCGUUCCCGCUCCCCUCCUCCUGGGCGUCGUGAAGACCAGAAUAUUAGGAUGAGAGAUAACUCUAGAUCUUCUAACGACGCUGGUCAGACCGCCGGCUUUAACUGGAAUCCUGAAGUGCGGGGAUACCUGACCUACGAUGAUAGGGGUAAUCUUGUUCCAGUGGACGAAAACAUGAACCUGAUAGAGAACUCGACCGUCUGGCUCGACAGCAGCAACUUCGCAACCAACGUAAAGGGCCCCCAGGCCAUGAAGGACUACCUGAGACACAUGGAUACGCAUCCACUCUCACGACCCGAGUAUACCGUGAAAAUCGAAUUUCAUAGGGUUCGUGGACAUCAGCAUAUCCGAUCAGUCAACCCCUCGAUGAGCCAAGAAGCGAGCAUGGGUCGUGAUAUAGAUCGCCAGGGAACCGCCCCAGCUCGUGCGCAGUCUACCGCUCCGCCACAAGCACCGCGACGAGUACCUCAGCACCCCGCCGUCCUACCACCUACGGUGCGCCCAGCACCUCGUGAGCCCGUCGCCUUACCACGGGCGCCGCGACGAGUACCUCGAGAGCCCGACCCUAGGCCACAGGAGCCACCCGUAGACUCAAAGGAACCCCCUGCCGAAGCGCAAUACCCUCCACUCCAGCCCCGAGUUCUAGUAUGCGCAAACUGCGGCGCGGAAGGCCACAAUCUGCGAGAUUGCGUGACUCAUUGGACACCCUCAGGAGAUAUCCCAGGUUGCUACCGCUGCAACAGUAUGGACCAUACUAUUGACACUUGUCAGAUUCAGCCGCCCAUAGACGACGCUGCAAGAUAUAUUAUCGAAGUAGUCAACCGUGCCGGCCGACCCCCUCUGAGAUCAACUCGAGGAUGGAACGAGCUGGCUGUGGCGAUGAAUCAUCGCGUCGCCGGCCCGAUCAGCAGGAUGCGAAUGAUAUCGCUUUCGCCUGCUCAUUUCAACCAGUGGGACUAUAGCAUUCCUGCCCAGCAACAGGAAGAUAAGCUGGUUCUUGAUCCUGCCACCGGUAACCUUGAGCAGAUUCGGGCACUCCCGGAUCAAGGCUACGUCCCCCCGAGGCGCUGA